CGUGACACGCAGGCUGUCCGGGGGAAACAUGGCGGAAGUGGAGAGACGUCAGCGUGGGGAGAAAGAGGAGCGGUGUAAGGGGCUAUGAGGAGAGAGAGAGACAGGCAGACAGACAGACAGAGAGAGAGAGAGAGAUAGACAGACCCCGGGAUGGCGGACGAAACCCUGACGCUGUUAAUCAGGCUGCUCGCUGCGGCUUUUUAUGGCGUGAGUUCUUUCCUCAUAGUUGUGGUAAACAAAAGCGUGCUGACCAACUACAGGUUUCCUUCAUUGAUAUGUCUCGGCAUCGGGCAGAUGUUGGCCACAGUGGUGGUGCUGUGGGCUGGAAAGGCUCUGCGGGUGAUCACCUUCCCUGGGUGGGAGUUCAACAUCCUCAGCAAGACCUUUCCUCUACCUCUUCUAUAUGUAGGCAAUCAAGUAACCGGACUGUUCGGAACAAAAAGGCUAAAUUUGCCAAUGUUUACAGUGUUGAGGAGGUUCUCCAUUUUCUUCACGAUGCUUGCUGAGGGCUUCUUGUUAAAGAAGAAAUUCUCAUGGCCAGUUCAGCUCACUGUAUUCACAAUGAUCUUUGGGGCUUUUGUGGCUGCAAGUGCCGACCUGUCCUUUGACCUACAGGGCUAUAUAUUCAUCUUGAUGAACGACGUCCUAACUGCUGCUAACGGAGCCUUUGUGAAACAGAAACUGGACUCUAAGGAGCUGGGAAAGUACGGUCUACUCUAUUACAACGCUUUAUUUAUGAUCCUGCCAACACUCCUUUUGGCACACGUCACUGGAGACAUGGACAAGGCCCUGCAUUACGAGGGCUGGUCAGAUGCAUUAUUUGUUGGACAGUUCGUCCUGUCUUGCGUCAUGGGGUUUAUCUUGAUGUACUCCACUGUUCUGUGCACUCAGUACAACUCGGCGUUAACGACGACCAUAGUUGGCUGUCUGAAAAAUAUAUUAGUGACGUAUAUUGGAAUGGUGUUUGGAGGGGAUUAUAUUUUCUCCUGGACUAACUUCAUAGGUCUGAAUAUCAGUAUUGCUGGUAGUCUGGUUUACUCGUACAUAACGUUCACGGAGGAACAGAGCAGCAAACAGGGAGAGAGCAUCAACAAGCUUGAGGUGAAAGGGAAAGUGUCUGUAUGAGCAGCACUUCAGCUCAAGGCUCCGUGGAAACCGAAUCAUUUUGUGUUUUCGCUUUGGAUGACCCAGAAUGUGAAGAGCAAAAACGUGUCCGGACUGAUGAACUGAGCAAGAAGAGACACGUUAAACUGCCAAGUGAGGUGUGGCGGUGAUAUUGUGAAAGAGAAAAAACUUUGGAUAUAGUGACUUAUCCUCCAGCUUUAGCACUCCAAUUUUUUUUUUAAACAUAUGUUUAUGGGAGAUUUAGACUGUAUUUUGAAGCCAUUUUAUUUUAUUUUAUUUUAUUUUUUUGGGGGGGUACGCUCAACUUGAAUUUCUAUAUUUUCUUAUCAAGCUAAACAAUAUGAAUUGUCCUUUAUGGCAGUAUUGUGCGGUUGUUGUUUUUUUUGUUUGUUUCCGUGAAUGUGCCAUGUUCUUGGUAUUUUGUUAAUAGAAGGGUUAUGAUGAUUUUUUAUUAUUUUUUUUGUAUCAAAUGUCUGUGUAGACAUUCCACCUGCUAGGAUCAUGUAGUAACGUGUGUGGGUUUUUUUUUUUUUGGUGCUCUGCUGUUUUCUUCUAAAGUGAACAAUGCGAUACUUGCACUUUAAACAGAUCACAGGUACUUUUUUUUUUUUCAUGAUUAACAAGGAAACGUUUACUAUAGAUUUAUGAAAACUCCAAUUUUCCAUAGUUUUUUUGAACUGUAUUUGGGUGAUGAGAGGAAAAAGCAAAGAUGUAUGUCCCACGUACAUCAGCAGUAAUAUCAUUGGUACUUUUUGACUGAGUCAAACUGUGAAGACAAGUUCAGUCAGUGCUAUCUAGAUGUUAUACAUCUGGAAUCCUCUGUAAUUCGGCUGUAUCCAGUCCGUAUAUUUUUGCCUGCAUGCAAGACACAUAGACAUUAAAACAUUUAUCACUCGGUUGGAUUUUUUUUUUUUUUUUCUUCUUCAGGUAAAUGCUCAGCUUUCAAGCUUAAGGAUGUUAAAGUGAUAUACAUGUGUGUAAUUUUUUGUUCAUAGUUCUUUUUAAAGGAACAGUCCACCGUACUUCCA